AUGUCAGGAGUGUCUUCUAAGUUUAAAAGAAAAAUAUCUAGUGAAAUAAGAAUGUUUCAAAAUGAGUGGGAAACGGAUUAUUUUGUUGUGCCAAACAAAAACAAUGCAGCUACUUGUUUGAUAUGUCGUGAAAAUAUUAUAUUGAAAAAAUUACAAUAUUUCGCGUCAUUUUCGUCAAAAUCUUUCGACGAAACGUUUCCUCCUGGAUCUUCCUUGAGAAAUGAGAAAUUGAGUAUUUUUAAGAGAGUAUUGCAUCAACAACAAAAUGUUAUGUCUGUGGCAUUAUCACAAGACUCCGCGGUAACUAAGGCAUCAUAUGAAAUUUGUUACAUUCUUGGUAAGCAUAUGAAACCAUUUUCCGAUGCAGAAAUUGUAAAGGAAUGCUUUGAUAAUGCUGCCAAUAUAUUUUUUGAUAAAUUCAGUAACAAAAGGAAAUACUAUCUGAUAUAA